GCCGGGAAGUCAACGCUCAUGAACGCCCUCGCCCACCGCACACCAGGGGGCGUUGUGGUUGACGGCGAGAUCAUGGUGAACGGACAUCGAGCCAACCGGAGUAUGAAUUCACUGUCCGGUUAUGUCCACCAAGAUGACCUGUUCGUGGGGUCUCUUACCGUCAGGGAACACCUCCUCUUCAAUGCGCGUCUCCGAAUGGACCGCCGCACGACCAGGGCUGAGCGCGAGGGCAGAGUCGCUGAGAUGAUCAAGGAACUCGGGCUGAAGAGGGUGCAGAACAACCGCAUUGGCGUCCCGGGAACAGACAAGUCCUUGUCGGGAGGAGAGAGGAAGAGGCUCGCUUUCGCCACGGAGAUCCUGACCGACCCCCCCAUGCUUUUCUGCGACGAGCCCACCACAGGCUUAGACUCCUACAACGCCAAGAAGCUGGUCAGGAUGAUGAAGGAAAUGGCGGCUCGAGGGAAGACCAUCCUGUGCACCAUCCACCAGCCUUCCACCGAAGUCUUCAUGAUGUUCGAUAAGCUGCUCCUGCUGUCUGAGGGGCGCUUGGCUUACAUGGGGUCCUCGUCAGGGGCUCUGGAGUUCCUCGAUGGCCUAGGUCACAAGUGUCCCGCGACCUUCAACCCAGCUGAUUUCUACAUCCACACGCUAGCUGUCCAGCCGGGUCACGAACUCAGGUCUCGAGAGCGGAUCAAGCGCAUCUGUGACAACUUCGCCGUCUCAGCCUACGCGAAGGAUAUUGACAUCAGCAUCCAGUACCAGGAUAACAUGAGUCUGCAGUACACGGAUAGGGGGAAAACGACCUCAUACAGCGGGAAUGGAUCUUCUGGUCAGUCUAGCACGGAAUCUGUACUCAACAUCGUGAGAAAUGUACCCAAAGUUCCGAACUGGUGGGUGCAGCUGUACUGGCUCACGUGGAGGGCCCUCCUGGACUCCUACAGGAACCCGAGCAUUCAUGGAAUAAGGAUUCUGCAGAAGAUUCUGAUGGCCCUGCUCAUCGGCGUCUGCUACACCAACACGUACCUCAACCAGCAAGGCAUUCAGGACAUCGAGGGCGUCCUGUUCAUCUUCAUCACGGAGAACACGUUCCCCUCCAUCUACGCCGUGCUCAACAUCUUCCCCUUGGAGCUUCCCCUCUUCCUCAGGGAGUAUCGAAACGGGAUUUACAGGUCGGAUACGUACUACAUGGCUAAGAUGUUCUCCAUGCUCCCUGGCUUUAUCCUGGACCCGAUCAUCUUCACCACCAUUUGCUACUGGAUGGUGGGCCUUCAACACCACAGCUACGAGUUCUUUAUGACCGUCCUGAUCGUCAUCUUCACCACCAGCGUCGCCUCUGCCUGUGGUGCCAUGUUUUCAGCCAUGUUUGAAAACAUCGAAUACAGUCAGGUCAUUCUGGUGCCAUUUGACAUCCUCAUGCUCAUCACUGGAGGCCUUUUCGUGAACCUGUCAACGCUGCCGUGGUUCAUAGGCUGGACGAAAUAUAUUUCCUGGUUCAUGUAUAGCAACGAAGCUCUUACUGUCACCCAGUGGACCGGCGUGGACGAGAUCGUAUGCGACGCCGACCCCGGAGUUCCUUGCAUUACCACAGGCGAAGGAGUCAUCAACAAAUAUGCCUUCAGUAGAUCGCACCUUCCUUGGGACUUCAUCUCGAUGGCGGUUCUCUACCUCAGCUUCCACUUCAUUGGCUUCAUCUCGCUCCACUGGAGAGCUAGGAAGAAGUAGAGAG